UGUAUAUCACCCUGUUUCAUUUCCAGCCAUGCCCUGUGUUCAGGCUCAGUAUGGGUCAUCGCCUCAAGGAGCCAGCCCAGCUUCCCAGAGCUACAGUUACCACUCUUCGGGAGAAUACAGCUCCGAUUUCUUAACUCCAGAGUUUGUCAAGUUUAGCAUGGACCUCACCAACACUGAAAUCACUGCCACCACUUCUCUCCCCAGCUUCAGUACCUUUAUGGACAACUACAGCACAGGCUACGACGUCAAGCCACCUUGCUUGUAUCAAAUGCCCCUCUCCGGACAGCAGUCCUCUAUUAAAGUGGAAGACAUUCAGAUGCACAGCUACCAGCAACACAACCACCUGCCCCCACAGUCUGAGGAGAUGAUGCCGCACUCGGGCUCGGUUUACUACAAGCCCUCGUCGCCCCCGACGCCCUCUACUCCCGGCUUCCAGGUGCAGCACAGCCCAAUGUGGGAUGACCCAGGCUCCCUCCAUAACUUCCACCAGAACUACGUGGCCACCACCCACAUGAUCGAGCAGAGGAAAACGCCUGUGUCUCGCCUCUCUCUCUUCUCCUUUAAGCAAUCGCCCCCGGGUACCCCUGUGUCCAGCUGCCAGAUGCGCUUCGACGGGCCCCUCCAUGUGCCCAUGAACCCGGAGCCGGCGGGGACCCACCACGUGGUGGAUGGGCAGACCUUCGCUGUGCCCAAUCCCAUCCGCAAACAAGCGGCCAUGGGCUUCCCGGGGCUGCAGAUCAGCCACGCCUCGCAGCUGCUGGACACACAGGUGCCCUCACCUCCUUCCCGGGGAUCCCCCUCCAAUGAAGGGCUGUGCGCGGUGUGUGGGGACAACGCAGCUUGCCAGCACUACGGCGUCCGCACCUGCGAGGGAUGCAAAGGUUUCUUUAAGCGCACAGUCCAGAAAAAUGCGAAAUACGUUUGUUUAGCAAACAAAAACUGCCCGGUUGACAAGCGGCGCCGAAAUCGCUGUCAGUAUUGCCGAUUUCAGAAGUGCCUUGCUGUUGGGAUGGUUAAAGAAGUGGUUCGUACAGACAGUUUAAAAGGUCGGAGAGGUCGUUUACCGUCGAAACCGAAGAGCCCCCAGGAGCCCUCUCCCCCCUCUCCCCCGGUGAGUCUGAUCAGUGCCCUGGUGAGAGCCCAUGUCGACUCCAACCCGGCUAUGACCAGCCUGGACUAUUCCAGGUUCCAGGCUAACCCUGACUAUCAGAUGAGUGGAGAUGACACUCAGCAUAUUCAGCAGUUCUAUGAUCUCUUGACCGGCUCCAUGGAGAUCAUCAGAGGAUGGGCAGAAAAGAUCCCAGGCUUUACUGAUCUUCCUAAACCAGACCAAGACCUACUUUUUGAAUCUGCUUUCCUGGAACUGUUUGUCCUGCGAUUAGCAUACAGGUCCAACCCAGUGGAGGGUAAACUCAUCUUUUGCAAUGGGGUGGUCUUGCACAGGUUGCAAUGCGUUCGUGGCUUUGGGGAAUGGAUUGAUUCCAUUGUUGAAUUCUCCUCCAACUUGCAGAAUAUGAACAUUGACAUUUCUGCCUUCUCCUGCAUUGCUGCCCUGGCCAUGGUUACAGAGAGACAUGGACUCAAGGAACCCAAAAGAGUGGAAGAACUGCAGAACAAGAUUGUAAAUUGCCUCAAAGACCACGUGACUUUCAAUAAUGGGGGUUUGAACCGCCCCAACUAUUUGUCCAAACUGUUGGGGAAGCUCCCAGAACUCCGCACCCUGUGUACACAGGGGUUACAGCGCAUUUUCUACCUGAAACUGGAAGACUUGGUACCACCUCCAGCAAUAAUCGACAAACUUUUCCUGGACACAUUACCUUUUUAAGACUUUCUCCAGCUUACUUCAAAUGAACUUGAAAGGAACGUGAACUGUCUGAGGGUGGGAAUUCCCACGUGCACAAAAGCACCUCUGGGUGCCUCUACUCCAUCUCCUUCCCCUUCUCAGCUUCUUAACCCAUCCCUCAACCUCCUGGCCCCACAUCCCACCCCUCACCCCCAACAAAACAAAACAAAACUGUUGCUAUUUCCUAACCUGCAGGCAGAACAUGAAAGGGCAUUUUGGCUCUGGGGCAUCCUGGAUUUAGAAUAUGGACUACACACAAUACAGUGGUAUAAACUUUUUAUUAUCGGCUAAAAAAAAAAAAAAAGGAAUUUAUUGUUCAGAAGAAGGACUCCUAUUGUAAGAUGAAAAAAAUGUCUGGUUACGCCGGGUGCUGAAGCCAAGACAGAUUGAACACAUACACAAAAGUAUUAAGGUGACCCACAAAGUAUCGCCCUUUUAAAGACAAAGUUUUCUGCUGUAAAAGAAAGCUGUAAUAUAUAGUAAAACUUAAUGUUGCGUGGGUGGCAUGAAUUAAAGAAGGCAAAGGCUUGUAAAUUUAUCCAAUGCAGUUUGGCUUUUUAAAUUAUUUUGUGCCUAUUUAUGGAUAAAUAUUAAAAAAUUCUAAAAGGUAAAUGUGUUUGCAAAAAAGGAAUAAAUAACUACACAAAAAGGGACAGCAUGUUGAUUCUAGGUCGAAGAUGUUAUAGGCACUUGCUAUUUCAGUAAUGUCUAUAUUAUAUAAAUAGUAUUUCAGACACUAUGUAGUCUGUUAGAUUUUAUAAAGAUUGGUAGUUAUCUGAGCUUAAACAUUUUCUCAAUUGUAAAAUAGGUGGGCACAAGUAUUACAAAACUGAAAAUCCUGACAAAGGGACACAUAGUGUUUGUAACACCGUCCAACAUUCCUUGUUUGUAAGUGUUGUAUGUACUGUUGAUGUUGAUAAAAGAAAGUUUAUAUCUUGAUUAUUUUGUUGUCUAAAGCUAAACAAAACUUGCAUGCAGCAGCUUUUGACUGUUUCCAGAGUGCUUAUAAUAUACAUAACUCCCUGGAAAUUACUGAGCACUUUGAAUUUUUUUUUGUUUUUUUUUAUGUCUAAAAUUGUCAGUUAAUAUAUUAUUUUAUGUUUGAGUAAGAUUUUUAAUAUUGCCAUAUUCUGUAGUAUUUUUCUUUGUAUAUUUCCAGUAUGGCACAUGAUACAAGUCACUGCCUUUUUUUCUAUGGUGUAUGACAGUUAGAGACGCUGAAUUUUUUUUCUUGAUAAAUUCUUUCUUUGGGAAAGACAAUUUUAAUGUUUACAACAAUAAACCAUGUAAACGAA